AUGGCGAAGCUUGAAGCGAAGCUAGGGAUGAUCGUGGAUUCGGUGGGUCAGUUCUUCUCCGGCAAAGACCAUCUUCCCUAUUGUGACUCUGACAUCGUUGCUGGGUGUGAAAAAGAGGUUUUGGAGGCAGAGAAACUGUCUUCUGACGAGUAUAUGCAAGAUUCUCUCUUGCGUUUAACAUGGGCUCUUGUGCACUCUAAACAUCCCCAAGAUGUGCACCGUGGGAUAGCCAUGCUUGAAGCAUCGUUGCCUUCUACAAAGGACCCAUUACAGCAAAGGGAGAAGCUUUAUCUUCUGGCUGUUGGAUACUUUAGAAAUGGUGACUAUUCAAGGAGUAGGGAUCUUGUCGAUAGGUGCCUCACGAUUGCACCCGACUGGAGGCAGGCAGUGACACUCAAAAAGGCAAUCGAGGAUAAGAUCACAAAAGAUGGUGUCAUUGGCUUAGGCAUUGCUGCAACUGCUGUAGGACUUAUAGCAGGUGGGAUUGCAGCAGCUGUGUCUAGAAGAAAGUGA